AUGAUAAACGAUUUUGGAACUCUUGGUCAAGGGAAGCCAUUUGCAAUUGAGAAUUAUAAAAAAGGUACACAUAUAUGGUUAAGGGAUCCAGAAAAGGUAUGGAUAGGUGGCGAGUUAUUGCAUGAUUUCAAAUCUACCUCACGAAAUAAGAUACGGCUGCAAGAUGGACAGGUAACGGAACUUGUGCUUAGAGAGUCGGAAGAACUUCCAUUCUUACGUAAUCCAGAUGUCUUACUUGGUUGUGAUGAUUUGACAACAUUGAGUUAUCUGCAUGAACCUGCCGUUCUCAAUCAUCUCAGUUUUCGAUUCGUUAGACGAGAAGCAAUCUAUACGUAUUGUGGUAUUGUUUUAGUAGCUAUUAAUCCUUACGCGAAUUGUUCCCAACUCUACGGAGAUGACGUCAUACAGGUAUAUCGAGGUGUUGGUAAACAAGUACGAGAACUUGACCCUCAUAUUUAUGCUGUCGCCGAAGAAGCAUUUUUCGAUCUAUCCAAAUUUGGUAAAGAUCAAUCGGUGAUCGUUAGCGGUGAAUCUGGUGCUGGCAAAACAGUUUCUGCUAAGUUUGUUAUGAGGUACCUGGCAUCGGUAGCAUGUUCGUCAUCGAACAAGUCAUACAAUAAUAAACCGACAGCAAGCAUUGAGGAUCGUGUCUUGGCAUCAAAUCCAAUAAUGGAAGCAAUCGGAAAUGCAAAAACAAUCCGGAAUGACAAUUCUUCUCGUUUUGGAAAAUAUAUACAAAUUGAUUUCAAUGAUCGUCUCGGUAUUGCUGGUGCUGAGAUGAGAACUUAUUUGCUGGAAAAAAGUCGUGUCGUGUUUCAGGCAGAAAAUGAACGAAACUAUCAUAUUUUUUAUCAAAUAUGCGCAUCAAGAUCCCAUGCUUUUUUGGAAGGUUUCGAACUAGAUGAUUGGCGUUCUUAUUUUUAUACGACUCAAGGAAACAGUGGUGAAAUAGAAGCAGUCGAUGAUCGGAACGAUUUUCUACAAACGCUGACUGCACUUGAUCUUCUUCGCAUUCCAAUCGAUGUACAGAAGUCAUUACUUCGUUUCUUUGUAGGCCUCCUAUUGUUUGGUAAUAUCAGAUUUAUUGAUGGACCCGAUGAAUAUGCAAAAAUUGAUCGAAAUAGUUCGAAUGUAAUCGAUCAACUGUGUGAAAAGAUAUAUGAAGUAAAAGAAGACAAUAUACGUUUAUGGUUAACUGCUCGCGAAAUUGUUGCUGGCGGUGAAUCUGUUCGGAAACCGUUGACCACUAUUGAAGCAGUAGAACGUCGAGAUGCGUUAGCCAAGAUACUUUAUGCCGCAGCCUUUGCUUGGAUAGUUAAGAAAGUGAACGAAGCUUUGGGAGAAGAAAUAAUAAGGUGCAGAUCAAGGAACAGUGAACGGUUCAUCGGAGUUCUCGAUAUCUACGGAUUUGAAACUUUGGAAGUUAACAGUUUCGAACAGUUCUGCAUUAAUUAUGCGAAUGAAAAGCUUCAGCAGCAAUUUUGUCAGCAUGUAUUCAAACUUGAGCAAUCAGAAUAUGAGCGGGAAGAAAUCGACUGGAUACGAAUUGAUUUUUAUGACAAUCAACCGUGUAUCGAUUUGAUAGAGGGCAGACCUGGUAUCAUCGAUUAUCUUGAUGAGCAGUGUAAGAUGGGUCAAGGAACUGAUCGUGACUGGCUAGAGAAGCUGCGAACAUGUCAGUCGCUCAAAAAAACGCAACAUUUCCAAUUGCCGAAGAUCAAAAAUCCAACAUUCAUAAUCAGACAUUUUGCUGACGAUGUUACUUAUAAUGUCGAUGGUUUUUUGGCGAAGAAUAAGGAUACAGUAAGCGAGCAGUUGAUGAUUGUUAUGAAGAAAAGCAAGUUCCAUUUAAUGCGUGAGAUAUUGGAUAUUGACAGUGACAAGAAACCACUAGGAGAUGGAAAUAACUUUCUUAUAUCAAACACAAAAAAUUCGAUAAAGAAAUCUGUUGCUUUUCAGUUUCGCGAUUCACUGCGUGAACUAAUGGCUGUGCUGAGUACCACACGACCACACUACGUACGUUGCAUCAAGCCGAAUGAUGAGAAAUUACCAUUUACAUUCAAACCUAAACGAGCCAUUCAACAGUUGCGAGCUUGCGGAAUUCUGGAAACCGUGCGUAUAUCUGCUACUGGCUAUCCUUCAAGGUGGAUGUAUGAAGAUUUUGCUCGAAGGUACCGUAUUCUUUACCCCGAAAAAAGAUUAUGGUUUGAGGAACCAAAAAUUUUUGCAGAAAAAGCAUGCAACAAAUAUCUAGAGAAUAAAAUGUAUGCUUUGGGUAAGACAAAGGUGUUCUUUCGAACUGGACAAGUAGCUUUACUGGAGAGAAUACUUCAUGAAAAAUUAACAAAUUCAGCAAUAAUGAUCCAGAAAAUUUGGAAAGGAUACAUCUCUCGGAAAAAGUAUCAACAUAUCAAAGAAUCACUGCUCAAAAUUCAGCUUUAUUCACGUGCAUUCCUGGUGUACAGGCGCAUGAAAUAUCUCCAAAUGCAUCGCGCUGCAAUUUGCAUACAAACUGCAUUUCGUUGUUAUGCAGCGCAGCGUCGCUAUAGAUCACUGAAAGGAGUUGUUAUUAUGAUACAGACCCAUUAUCGAGCAUCGCUGAUACGUCAGAGAAUGGAAAAGUUACGGUACGAGCAGAAAACAAUCAUAAUUCAAAAAUAUUGGCGUGGCUGGCUGGUGAGGCGUCAUCAAAUCGAACGUAAUAAAAAAAUCGUCAUGAUACAAUGUCAAGUACGUCAAUGGCUUGCAAGGAGGCGUCUACGCGAAUUGAAGAUUGAGGCUCGGUCUGUUGGACAUCUGCAAAAACUAAAUAGAGGCCUUGAAAACAAAAUCAUUUCGUUGCAGCAGAAACUUGACUUCAUGACUGCAGAGAAUGGUCGAUUAUGGACAAUUUCGGCAGAAGCUGAUAAAAUGCGGGCAGAAAUGGCAAAUUUGGAAACACAAAGAUGUGUGCUAUUAGCUACCAAAGCACAUGCGGAAGAACUGGAAGCGAAAGUGAAAUUGUUAGAAGCUAGUCGAAAAGAAGAAGCAGCAAAAAAUACCAAACUGGAGGAAGAACUACAAAAUACAAAGGAUGGAUUGAAAAUGGAGUGUGAAGAAACAAUUGCUAAACUAAAUGCUUUGAAUACUGAGUUGUCAAGUCUUCGUAUCCGUUACAAUACUUUGAUGAAGCAGAAGAAACUAGUGGAUGCUGAACUAAUCAAAGAGAAGAACCAUCGCCUAGUAUCGGAACAAGAAAUAUCACAGAUGCGUGAACAGCUGCUUGCAAAUGCAAAUCUUCUAGCUAGUCCAGCAGUAAGUCGAGUAGGAAGUAUACGGCUCAUUCAAAAAAGUUUGAAUCAAUCGAUUUUGGUUGGUGGUACAAAUGGCAAAAUAGUUACUGUUGGCCUAGAUGGUAAUGACCUGGAUGAAGUGGUCCUUAUACUGAAGCAACAACAUGCUAUUAAUGUACUUCGCUCCAAAAUAGAGCAAAUUUCAAGAGAAAAUGAUCGUUUGAAAUCGAUAAUGGAUGCAAAUAUGCUGAUCGAAAAUUUGGAUAAGCGGACGACUAUGAGGGCUUUUGAAGCUCAACGAAUGCAAGAGCUCGAGUUAUCGUAUACAAAACUUAAAGAUGAAAUGGAACGAUUGCUUGAAGAGAAAAUGAGAAAUGGCUCUGAAGCAAUGAAUUUCCGAUCAUUUGUCGAAAAAAUAUUGGAAGAAAAUGAUAGGCGUCGAGAAGAAGCUAUCGAGUUACGAGCUAUAUUGAUGGCACGAUUCGAACAGCGUGCUCAAGCUUCAAAUUCAUCACGUCCAGACAGUGACCAAUGGUCCGGUAUGCAGAGCGACGACGGUUCCUGCAGUGAUUUGGAUGAAGAAUUGAGCUUAGGAAGACAAUGCCGGCAGUUGAAGUCACAUAUGCAAAUGCUAUCACAGAUAAUUACCAAAAGGGAUGCCGAAAUUGAGCGGUUGGAAAAUCGUUUGAAUGAAUUCACAGCUUCCAAGAGAUCGACAGACGACAGUCACCCCAUCAAAGAGACAUUAUCUGAUAUCCAGCAGCAAUUGAAUCAAUUGGCAUCCGAGAAUUUGAGUUUACAAGAUAAAAUCAAUCAGCAGUCGGAUGAACUGUCCGAAGCGAAGGCACAGCUACGUGGCUGUUCUGGACGGAUCACUUUUUCGCUUGAUAAUACUUCGGAUGCAGAUAUCAUUCGUUUAGAAGCGCUGAAGAAAGAGAGUGUUGACCAUUCCUCACUUUUAGAAGUUUUCAAUGUGCCGGAAUUCACAAGGAUACUUGUCUGUGAUUUGAAGCCACGACUUGCUCGACUCUUGACGCCUUGCUUGCCGGCAUAUCUUCUACUUGCAGCUUUCCGGUACUAUGAUCAUAUUAAAGAUGAAGCAGGUCUCACCGGUUUAUUCUCGGCUAUUCAUAUAGUACUGAAGGAUACACUGGCACAUUCAAAUGACAUGGAUGUGUUGUCAUUGUGGUUGGUUAAUUCAUGGCGUCUGCUGAACCUUUUGCGGCAGUAUAGCGGCGAAAAUAAUAAUGAAUGGUCUAUGACCAAUUCGGAAAAACAAAAUAAUCAGCGAAUGCAAAGUUUUGAUUUAAGUCCUUUGCGGAAUCAACUUCGUGCUCGAGUUGAGGAAUCAUACCAGAAUCUUUUGAAACGAGCUAUCGAACCAGUACUUUCUCCAAAAAUAGUUCCCGCUAUAUUGCAACAUGAAUCGAGUCAAAAGAUGGUGAACGGUAGCAAUGUAGAGAAUAAUCAACGACGACAAUCGAUGAGGGAGCAAAGUUCGCAGCGUGCUUUAGAUGAUUUAAUUGAAUUGCUGAAUUUCAUUCAAAACAAACUCAAAGUGUAUGGUGCAGAUUCGGUGCUAUUGGGGCAAGUUUUCGGACAAAUGACUUAUUGGAUAUGUGCGUUAGCAUUGAAUCAUUUGAUGUUCAGGAAAGAAUUAUGCAAUUUCGAGAAAGCUAUACAAAUCAAGCAUAAUGUUACCGAAGUACAGUCAUGGCUUUCUUCCAACGGACUAUCUAUACAUCGUGAAACUUUGGAGCCGUUGGUGCAGGCAUCUCAUUUGCUGCAAUCCAAAAAAGAUGAAUCAAAUUUGGACACCUUGUGCGGUGAGAUGACUUCAAAACUGAAACCAAAACAGGUGAUGGCUAUAUUGCAACAUUAUUCUCCAACGGAUGGCUUUGAAGAAAGGCAAUUAAGUCCCGACUUCCUAAUGAAAGUUUCCGAAAGACUGAACGCUAGGACGAGAGCAAAUGGUGGGACGGAUGCUGAUAUUAAUACGCUGAUUAUGAUGGGCACUUAUUUGACACCUUUCAAUUCCGAACCGUUUGUUUAUUCGGAUUUUAACCUGGAAUCACUGUCACUGCCUACGUGUCUGCAUUUGCAAGCGGUUUGUAAAUUGUUAUAGGACGAGGUACUACUUCGAUUACUCCAUUUCUGAUUCACUUUUGACUUAAAACAAUAAUUACAUAUUUGAGAUACAAUUUAAAAGGUAU